CUCCAUUUUCUUCUGUUUCUUGCGUGGUUAGGCCCUCAUUUGGUACAGAAUCCUCCCGUUAACUAUCAGCCAACAUGGCACUACCCAAAGUCUUUUUCGAAAUCUCGGCAGACGGUAAAGUUCUCGGCAGAGUUACUAUGGAGCUGAGGUCUGAUGUGGUUCCCAAGACCGCAGAGAACUUCCGUGCCCUGUGCACCGGCGAGAAGGGUUUUGGUUACAAGGGCUCCACUUUCCACCGUGUCAUCCCCGGCUUCAUGUGCCAGGGUGGGGACUUCACCAACCACAACGGAACUGGGGGAAAGUCCAUCUACGGCAACAAGUUUCCCGAUGAGAACUUCAACCUGAAGCACACUGGCAUGGGCUGUCUGUCCAUGGCCAACGCUGGACCCAACACCAACGGGUCCCAGUUCUUCAUCUGCACAGCCGACACCAACUGGCUGGACGGGAAGCAUGUUGUGUUUGGACAGGUCCUCGAGGGCACAGACAUCAUCAAGAAGUGUGAGUCCUAUGGCUCCAGCAGUGGCAAGACCAAGGCCAAGAUCACCGUUUCCGACUGUGGCCAGCUUUGAAUGUGCCCCCCGCCAACAUCACCCCCUCACUCUUGCUGCCCUGUAGCUUACCAUCCUGCCCCCCCCCUCCCCCUUUAAACCUCAACAUUCCUAACCAUGGAUAUUUGUUACUUCCCUUGCCAUUCUGUUCCUUGUCCAAACUUGUUGCAUCUGUGACUUGCCUUCAAGAGUUUCUUUUGCAUUUAUUUUUUUCAAGUCCAACGGUUUGUUAAAUCAAAAAAAAAUAAAGGGGAACAAAUGCCUUCA